UAUGGAGGUAAGUGCAUUUAUGUUUGUAGUUGUAAUAUAUUUCAUAUUUUUGAACAAUCAGUUGAGUAAAAUGUGCUAAACAUUGCUUAUUCCCAUUUAUUUUAGAAGACAGCUUCAGUACUGGUUUUGAUGAGUUUAGAGCACUAAUUCAUGGUUUGGUGCUCUUACUUUCUAAUUUGUAAUCUAGAAGACAAAGGGAAAUAAAAAAAUAAUGGUGCAACCUAUUUUUGACCAUGGAUUAUCCUGUUCAUGGUGUUUCAUGGACUCUCUUAUCUAUAUUAUCGUUUCUUACUUUUUCACAGUGCCUCAAUGAUGGGACUCCAGAUGUGAGGGAUGCAGCCUUUUCAGCUUUGGCAGCGAUAGCUAAGUUGGUUGGUAUGAGACCCUUGGAGCGGUCACUUGAGAAACUUGAUGAUGUUAGAAGAAAGAAGCUUUCUGAAACAAAACAGAAACAGAACAUCUUCCUAACCCAGUAAGUAGCUUUAAAAAUUGAUGCUUUUUGAAUGGAGCUUUUUAAUUUCAGU